AGGACGUGGCGCUUCCCGACGAAGUUAUGCUCCCAAGUCAGAUCUCAGUGUUGAUCGGAGUAGCACCCAAGGCCCAACAUCCCAACACGAAUUUAAACUCCGAAUGAAUAUUAUGCAGCUUCAUGCCUAUCUGGGACUUGAUACCGUCGAAUGGAUUGCCCGGACUCAUCUCGUUUCCAAACAAGGCAAUGCUACUUUACUAGGAUCGUUCAAUUGGCUGUGCUUUGCAUUGUGGUUGAUGCAAGCUGCUUCUUGUCUCAACUCAAGCGCUUCCGCAUAUAUUCUGUGUAAGGGCUAAGCGGGCUUUCCGGGCUUCAUAUUUCAAUCCUUGCGUUCACUAUCGUCCACAUCGUUAGCCGCGAUGUCCGGAAAAGACCAGCUGCCACCCGCCUCUCGACAUCAGAAAGGAAAGCUCCCUGCCUACCAGCCCUUCUCUCAUGCUCUGCAGUCAUCGGGGGCCGCACCUGAAAUCCAGAUCGACGGUCCCGAGGCAACCCAGAACCUCGAUGAUUUUUCCAUAGGAUCUCACCCCGAGCGAUCUCUUCCGAUCGUGCCAACUGCGCCGUCUUCCCGCAGCCUUGGUGGCUCGGCGACGUCGUCACUCCACCGCAUAACCAAGUGGUUUGGGAAAUGGUCAAGUCCCAAUCGCCGUCACAAGUCACCUCCAUCCCACCCGGAACCGUCUGUGGCAAAUAUACGUCUUCAUCCAGCUCCUGACACCUCGCGGCUGUCUCAUCUCUACCCUGAACAGAAUGUUGACGGUAACCGUCGGUCACCGUCCAGCAUCCAGACUGUCGCCGACACCACUUCGAGUCUCCACUCACAACUAGAACGCAUGGGACUGGAUUCAGAUGUGCCCUCAUUGUCAGAAGUGACGGCUCUGUCGUCGGCACCAGCUAGUGAUAGAAAGAAACCGGUCAUUAUUGGCACUACGAAGCUCCUUCUCCAAGUCGGUGCCUUCGCUCUCAAGGCUUCUCCCAUUCCGCUUCUGGGAGAAAUUCCCAAUCUACUCCUGAAAUUUCUCCAAGUCUACGAGUCAGUUGAUAGUAACAGCGAAAAUCUCAAAGGGCUAAAUGACGACGUCCAUAAAGCCUACACCACUAUCUUGCGACCGCUCCAACUGUGGACGGACAAUAUCCCUCCCGAAGUAACGGUUUUAAUCAAGGAAUUUCAUUCGGCCUUGAACGAGCAAAUGAAGAAAAUUGAGGAACUUUCGCGUCAAAAGCUUCCGAGGAGAUUACUCUCAGUGUCCGAUGUGACCCAGCACAUAGACGCUGUGAAGGCUUGCAUCAACAAGGCUGUCAUCUCAUUCUCGACGGAGGCAGCAAUUCUGACACUCCUUCACAAAAUUCAGUCUUCGGUGCGAGAUAGGUUUUUUUGGAGAUGGCAAUUCCUCGUAGUAAGCUGGUUCAAUUUUCCAACCCGGGCACCGAGUGCACCAAUUCAUUUCGGACUAGCCAGCCCAGGCACUCAUUGUGUGUGGCAACCGUUAUCCUGAGUGGGAAUGUGAUCGAUGCAUAACGGCCGGUUCCUUUGAUUUGCUAUUUCAAGUCAUCCGCCCUAACCUGGACGGGCAUUAAGUAGUCUAGAUAAGAUCACAAUUAAGAGUGUGGCCGCAGUUCAUGGAGGCGCGGCCGCUU